GCCUUGCAGUUAUGCAUUCCCAAAGCACAAACCAGCUGGAUGUGGGGAACAAUCCUCGCGUGGGCACCAAGCGCUACAUGGCUCCGGAAGUGCUGGACGAGACCAUCCAGGCAGACUGCUUUGACUCCUACAAGAGGGUGGACAUCUGGGCCUUUGGGCUGGUCCUCUGGGAGGUAGCCAGGCGCAUGGUUAGCAACGGUAUCGUGGAGGACUACAAACCACCGUUCUAUGACUUGGUCCCGAACGAUCCCAGUUUUGAAGACAUGAGGAAGGUGGUCUGUGUGGAUCAGCAGAGGCCCAACAUUCCCAACAGAUGGUUCUCAGACCCGACGUUAACGUCCCUGGCCAAGCUGAUGAAGGAGUGCUGGUACCAGAACCCCUCGGCCAGACUGACAGCCCUGCGCAUCAAAAAGACUUUGACCAAAAUUGACAAUUCCCUAGACAAGCUGAAGGCUGACUGUUGACCCUGUCCUCGCGGUGCUCCCCCUCGGGGGGCACUCGCUGGCCCGGGGGGCUCUGCCAGGCAG